CCCGUCAUUCAACAAUUCCUCCACUAACCCUUCUUUUCUGAGCACCCUAUUGCCCUUUCUUUCGUCAAACACAAACUCUUCUUGUUCAGUCUGUCCGCCCCACUACCUUCUUCCGUCCAUCCAUGUCCAGACCCCACAGAGAUCAUAAUAACGCUAAAGUAUGAGGCUCCGGCGCCCCAACCCUCCUCCUCCCGCGGCGGUGGCCGGAACCGCCUCAAUUCAGAUCUCCCACCACGGUGGCGACCACGACCACCCCAUCCCCGUCCACCACUUCUCCGACCGGGGCGGCGACCGGAACCACCCGCUCUCCAUCGAGGGCGACGACGAGAAGGAAGACAGAGACUCUGCCGCCGGAAUUUCCCACGACGGCGGCGAACGCAACCGCCCCAUCUCCAUCGAGGACUACAACGACGACGUCCUCCUCCAGAUCGCCAUCGCCGAGUCCCUCCGCUACCAUUCCCCGCCUGCCAUCAUCGACCUCGAGAUCUCCGAAGGUCUUAAACAAGAGACCAGCUGCCGGAAAGGAAAAAGGCCCGUUAAAGAGAUCUCUUUUAUCGACCUCGAUGGCUUCGAAGCAUUGGAGCACGACCCGGAUGACCCAAGAGGGAGGAGAACCUCUGGAUUGGCCCGCCGGCCGUCAAAAAGGAGGUGUUUAGAAAACUCCGUUACAGAUGUCGGGGAAUCUUCCGCUGCUCCGCCGACGGAGUCCAAGGUCUAUUGCAGCAUCUGUAUGGAGGAAAAAAUCGAUGUUGAGAGCUUCAGAAUGAGGGGCUGCUCCCACUUGUACUGCACCAGCUGCGUGAGCCAGUACGUGGCGGCGAAGGUGGAGGAGAAUGAGAUUUUGAUAGGGUGCCCAGACCCCAGCUGCGAGACUGGAUUUGUAGAGCUGGAUAUGUGCCAAUUGAUUCUUGCACCCAAGGUGAUCGACAAAUGGGGAAGCAGGCUCUGUGAGGAGAUACUUGAGCCAAUGAGGUUUUACUGCCCAUACAAUGAUUGCUCCGCAUUGCUGAUACAUGAAGGGGGAAUUAAUGGUGAGGUGAUAAGGGAAUCAGAAUGCCCUUAUUGUUAUCGACUAUUUUGUGCUCAGUGUAAGGUGCCCUGGCAUUCGGAUAUCACUUGCGAGGCCUAUCAGCAGCUUGGAGAGGACGAGAAAGGGAAGGAGGAUUUGCUGCUGAUGAAGAUGGCGAAGAGCCAGCACUGGCAGAGGUGCCCCAAGUGCAAGUUCUACGUGGAAAGGAUUGAUGGAUGUAAUUACAUGAGGUGCAGGUGCGGCAAUACCUUCUGCUACAGGUGUGGAGGUCCAAUGAACAGAGACCAUUUCUGUCUAAAAUGCCGGAGUUAACUCUAGUUGACGAGACCUUGCCCAAAAAUUAUACCAGGCUCAUUGAUGAAUGCUAGGAAUGAUAUUGUUUCUUUCUUUUCCUUUUUGUUUAUAUGUAAAUUCUCCAGAAGACGGUAGCUGUCCUUAAAUCAUUCCAGCUUUCUAAUUUCCAUUACUUGAGGGUUUCAUGGCCUCUUGGCUUAGAAAUGGUUUAUAUGUUCAAUAAGUUAUCUUUAAGUAGUCAUGAGGCCAAGAUUUUUCUCUUCAGGUUCUUCUAUCAUGGAAUAGAAUGAUAGAAUAAGCAGCUUCCAGUUGAUACCAA